CCAGGAAGCCAGGGCACGGAGCAUUUCGAAAACAUGCACUUCGCAAUGGUAUUUAGGGUCAUUCUCUGGCAGGGAUUCUCCACAGAUCCAUAAGUCUGAAUCUGACUGAAAGGUUUACCAUUAACAAAUGAAAAACAAGGUUUUUAGGGUUUUUUUGUGCAAAAGUGUAACUCUUAGAAUGGGUCCCUUCGCAAAAAUACUUUAAUAAAUAAAUAACUAAGCAGAGUGAUACUUUAUUGAUCCCUGUAGGAAAACCGCCUUUUCACCCAUCCAGUCUCGCUUUGUAUGAGACAUACAGGUGAGAGAAAAAAUCCGACCCUGGGUUUGAAGUAAGUGACUUUACUGGUUGCUUGCGAUUGGUGCUCGUCGGGCGUCUCUUUUUGGCUGCUUGUUUGCGUGUGGCGUGAGGUUUGAACCCCACGGGUUGAGCUGGGGGUCACUGUGAGCAGCACCUCCUAAAGUUAGGACACCAAAGAAGUUGUGGGGCGACGCUAAGAAUUUAGGAAGUGUCUGAAGACCCAUCAGGCAGCCGUGAUUUGUCGAGUUAGGACGUGAGCGUAGUCUCACACCUUGUUAAUGAGAAAGGGGAGUGCAGAAUGGCCAGACUCAAAAAAGCUACCAAGAUGACCAGAAGUACAAAAAUAGCAGAUCAAUGCAGCAAGCAUCUGUAGAGGAGCUUUCCAGAGUGCACUUCUCAGGUCUGGAGACAAAACGGGUCCUACCUGGUACUAGCGAGAUCAUACUCAACUGAGUGUGUUUUGAGAGUUUUUGUGGCUUUUCUGGCAGAAUCCCACUCUGAGUAUUCUCUGUCUUGUACAAAAUUGCUUAAAAAAAUGAGAGAGAUCUGCCAGCUUGCCUUGGUAAAAAGUAGCCUCCCUCUACUGUAGUGCUUCUCAACCCAAUCCUCGGGAACAACAGUCAGUCCGUGUUUUUGUGCCCUCCCAGCUCCCUACCAGUCCACAUUUUUGCUCUACGUCUAUUUUUAAUCCAAAGAAUCUAGCCUUGCUCAGUUUAGAACCCAUUGAAUUAACAUAUUUUCCCGGUAGUGCUUAGAAAUGUCUGCCUGGGAGAGAAUGUGCUUUUCGAGCAGGCCCCCUCACAGCCUGGAGUUAGAUGCUGAUGCUGUUCCCAUGGCGACGGGCUAUGCUUGAUCUAAUUGCGAGGACUUUUGCAUCAUGAUGCGGCUGCAUCCCCUGUCUCUCUCUGGCUUUACUGGCAUCCUGAAAAUCGAAGAUUUCAGUUUAAAAUACAAGUGCAGAUGCCUUUAUUUGCACUUAAAAUGUAAUUUUGUCUUAAUGUGUGUCGCUCUGCUGGAUCAUAAUGAAUGAGACCUUUGUGAAAGAGUUCUUAGCCAAAGCUAAAGAAGACUUCUUACGGAAAUGGGAAUGCCCUCCACAGAGCACAACGGGCCUAGAUGACUUUGAAAGGCUAAAGACACUGGGCACCGGCUCAUUUGGGAGAGUUAUGUUGGUAAAACAUAGAGGCACAGAGCAGUACUACGCGAUGAAGAUUCUGGACAAGCAGAAGGUGGUGAAGCUGAAGCAGAUCGAGCACACGCUAAACGAGAAGCGGAUAUUGCAGGCGGUGUCCUUUCCCUUCCUCGUGAAGCUGGAAUACGCCUUCAAGGACAACUCCAAUUUAUACAUGGUGAUGGAGUACGUUCCGGGUGGAGAAAUGUUUUCGCAUCUCAGACGGAUCGGCAGGUUCAGCGAACCUCACGCACGCUUCUAUGCUGCUCAGAUAGUCCUGACUUUUGAGUACCUCCAUUCACUCGACCUUAUCUACAGAGAUCUGAAACCCGAAAACCUUUUAAUCGAUCAGCAUGGCUACAUCCAGGUGACAGACUUUGGUUUUGCCAAAAGAGUAAAAGGCAGAACUUGGACGUUGUGUGGAACCCCAGAGUACCUAGCACCAGAAAUCAUUCUCAGCAAGGGCUACAACAAGGCUGUGGACUGGUGGGCCUUGGGGGUUCUGAUCUACGAAAUGGCAGCUGGCUACCCGCCCUUCUUUGCAGACCAGCCUAUCCAGAUCUACGAGAAAAUAGUGUCUGGCAAGGUACGAUUCCCAUCUCACUUCAGCUCAGACUUGAAAGACCUUUUGAGGAAUCUGCUCCAGGUUGACCUGACCAAGCGGUACGGAAAUCUGAAGAACGGAGUGAAUGACAUUAAAAACCACAAGUGGUUCGCCACAACAGACUGGAUUGCCAUUUAUGAGAGAAAGGUGGAGGCUCCUUUCAUACCAAAGUGCAGAGGUGCAGGCGAUACAAGCAACUUCGACGACUACGAAGAGGAGGACAUCCGCGUGUCUAUUACGGAGAAAUGCGCCAAGGAGUUUCUGGAGUUUUAGAGUGAGCGUGAGGUCACAUCAGGGCUCAGACACUGGGAUCAUUGCACUCUGCUAUGAGCUUGGGAUUGGAACUGAGAUCAUCCAGUUUGUUCAAACAAAUACCUAGUUCCUUCAUUCCAGUGUGUGAUGGAGGUCCUUAUUGCCAUGACCCAUAAUGUGUAGUUAGCACUGACAUAUACCGGCACAUUUAAGCAGAAACACUCCCCAGCGCCCCCCCGUUUUCAAACCGUCGUAGUUGUCCUGAAUGUUCUUUUGCCCCUUGUUUAAAGCAGUGGUAUUUUACAGGUCAAAAAAAUGAUCAGCUAGGAAAGAGUUAACAGACAUCCUUCAGUGUGAUCAAGUGAUCGUCCCUGGCGGUGUCGCAUUUGGUGUGUAAUUUGGGUUCAAUUCGAAGAUACAUGUUGCUUCUAGUUCUUUCCAGCUGGAAUUUGUCUGUUACAUGUCUGGGGAAUUUUAAAACCAAGAGCAAAUCCUAUCUUGGCUAAAAUGAGAAUCUCGAUGACUUCAUUCACAAGUUAGAGUUGCCUGUUCUUUGUGCACAUGUCUAUCAAACGGAUAGCAUCUAAACCGCCAUGUGUGUGUUCAGAGAAUGACCAAAAAUAGAGAUUGAGAGUAUGGCAAGGGGAUAGUGUCGUAGAAACCCGGUACCACUGACCCACAGUCGUUCUUUGUUUGGUCCGAAUUCAGGCCUUUGUACAGCUGGCUACUAUGGACAGUAGCAAAAAACAGGAAACAGUAAGCAGUAGAUAGGUCAUCGUACCAUUUGUAGCAGUGUUUCCAAGUAUAUCAACUCAUAAAUAGCUAAUUUUAUAUUUGAGUUCCUUAAUCCAGGUAUGGAAGUAAUAUAGUCAAUUGCAGGAUGGUACAUUUGACGACUAAACGUUCAGGUGCGACAAAGCGUGGACUCUCAGACUUUAGCCUUUGACAUCACUGUAUAUCUCCACCAUAUGCUCCCACCCAAACAGAAAUGGCCGAUUCACUUGCUCUGUAGCUAGCUAUAAGGUCCGGGGGGAGAAUGGGUCCAGCCUGGUUUGCCUGUGGAACAGUCCUGGUCGAACUGCUUUUCGGCCAGCGUGCGAUAUAUGCUCCGUCAUGAGUUUCUACCGCUUAAGCCGUUUUGCAACAUUCUCAGAAGAGAUUGUAAAACUGCCAUAUUCCCAAGAUGUCCAUUUUUACGUGCGUGUUUCCAAAAUGGUUUAUUUUGUUCUCGCAGCGAUGUAGUUCAGCGGCUGGGUGAUGUGUACGUUAAACACUUGAUUAAGUUGCUUUCACGCACCGACUAAAAAGAGUUGAAGAAUCCUACGUUUGCCAGCUUUUUGUCUCUCUAUUCUGCGUUCGACUCAUUUCAUACGGCACAUUUUGCGUUGUUUCUGAUAUUUGUUUUUAUUUAUACAUAUUAGAGAAAGAUGCUGUCUAAUAAAUUUUAUUUUUAAACUGUUAAGACGGGAUAGUUUUGCUUACUUCUGAAGAUUACUCUGCUCAUGUGUAUGAAAUACUACCCAUGUGAAAAUACUUGCCUCCAUAUAUAUAUAUAGAUUAUAUAUAGCAACUAUAUUUGUUGGUGUGUCAGUUGGUAUGAAUCCUUUUACAGCCCUUAUGUAAGCUACAUGACACCCCUCACUGAAAUAUAUAUAUUUUUAAAUUCACAUUUAUAGCUGUUUCACAAAAACAUUAUGGGCUCCACUGUCAAUUCUAUGUUUUUGAUUUAAUGUUUUGCACAUCAUCUGAAAGGCUGAUGGCAGUUUUUGUUUUUCUUUUUUUGUUUUUUUUGACCACCCCAUUUUUUUUCUGUGUUCAAGGGAAGUACAAGAUACUUUGCUGUAGCAGAAUAUGUAACAAAUGGUCUGUGUGUAUGUGCGUGUGUGCGCGCGCGUGUGUUAUAUAAAGAUACCUAUAUCACAUUAAUAAAAGAACAGAAAAUUCUUUGUAUGAAAAUAUUAA